CUCUCUCUCUCUCUCUCUCUCUCUCUCUCUCUCUCUCUAUCUAUCUAGUACACGCACCCCUCAUACAGUUGCGGAACGCGUUUUCUAUGUGUAUAUACUUACACGUAGUUGCACCAAGUGUAUACAUUUCAGUUGUGAUUUUUUCAGGCGAGUUACUGGAAUUGAAUUGAAGCUGGGGGAUUUAACAGAAGCAGAAAAGCUGGGUAUUACUGCAUUGUUCAUUGGUUGAAUGCACGUUUUGGUCUGAAAGCACUCAGUGGAAGAAAUAAAAAAUGCAUGAGCCAGAAUCAGAUGCUGCUCCUUGGAGCUUUUUCAACUUCGACAAUAUUUUCAGUAACAAUUAUUAUGGAGACAGCACUCAACAUGAUGUGAAAAUUUGCCAUGAACAGUACAUUACAGAUAAUCAUUGUGAUACAGAGUGUGGCAACAUUGACACCGAUGAGAUUAUUGCACAUUCUCUUCUUCAAGAAGAAUUGUCACAAUUAUCAAUUGCAGAAGCACCUGAAAUAUCACAUUCUGGGGAGGAAUACUCGCAAAGUUCCUCUGUUGUCCCAAAUUGGCAUAAUUCUUCAAAUAACUAUUAUCUUGGUCAAGACGGUCACUUGCAUGAGACUCAUCAUGUGGGAAGUGUAUGCUCCAGUCCUGGAGAUCGAUCAUGUGAUGGAGAUGAUUACUCUUAUACUUUGGACAUAACUGAUGAGUCUGACCUUGAUGGAGAAGUUGAAAAGAGGCUGUACCAAAUGGUACCUGUUCCUCAUAUUCCAAGAAUUAAUGGAGACAUACCUUCAGUUGAUGAAGCGACAUCUGACCAUCAAAGGCUGCUAGAUAGGUUACAGUUAUAUGACUUGAUUGAGCACAAAGUUCAAGGAGAUGGAAACUGUCAGUUUCGAGCUCUAUCUGAUCAGUUUUAUCGGACUCCUGAACACCACAAAUUUGUGAGAAAACAAGUUGUCCGUCAGCUUAAAGCCCAUCCCGAGAUGUAUGAGGGCUAUGUUCCCAUGGAAUAUGCUGAAUAUCUGAAAAGGAUGUCCAAGAGUGGCGAGUGGGGUGAUCAUGUCACACUCCAGGCUGCUGCAGAUUCGUAUGGUGUGAGAAUUCUUGUAGUAACUUCAUUUAAAGAUACCUGCUACAUCGAGAUUCUUCCCAAAGACCAGAAGUCCAAAAGAGUCAUAUACUUGAGCUUCUGGGCUGAAGUACAUUACAACUCAAUCUAUCCUCAAGGAGAUCUGCCUCCAACUGAUUUUAAGAGGAAGAAAAAGUGGUGGAGCUUUCGUAACAAGCAGUAGACAUGUUAUGAAUCAUAUACUGCUUUCUCAACGUGGCGGCACCCUUGCCUCAGUUGUACAGUCCUCAUUGUGAAGAUGUUUAUCUUUAUUCGUUACUUUAUAUGUUCUCUUAUAAUUACACUAUUAUAAUAUUAAUUUAUACAUCAUUAUUUUUACUAGUGUGCUA